GAUCCAUUCCUCAUAUUUAUCACCGUAUUCUACAUCCUCAUAUUCGAAGCAAUAGAAAAGAACAGCAACACUUCCGCAGAACAGUGCCAGACUCUCAACGGACUGGUGUUGCCGGAGUAUGGGAUACAUAUUUUCUUCAACCUCCUCUUUCUUUUCUCUGGGGAGUGGGUUCCACUGUUGGUCAACAUGCCCCUGAUUGUAUAUCACAUCAACAGGUAAAAUGCAGGGUGUCCCAGAAAUAUCCGGC